UUUCAAAAAGGUCGAUCUUGUCGAACGCCUUGUUUUCCUUGCCUCGAAACUCUAUGUUCGCCACCGCCACCUGGUCUUUGUGGCUUAACUCGCCAUCGGGAACGGCUUCGUAGUAAGCCUUGAAACGCUCGAGCUUGGGCCGUAGCUCACGCCAUUUAUGUUGGCACGCGUUGAGGUUGUGGCGGUCGUUACCGACGUUAUGUCGGUAGGCCGCGAAUGCUUCCGUCCAAUAUUUUGUUUGGCCCAGUGGCCGCCCCUUCAUAGUGUCGACGACGCUAGUGACGAGUGCCAUUUCUUCUUCAUGGGUCUAGGAUGCCAUAACGGUGUUGGGUUCGUGGGAUGGUGGAGACCAGCGGGGUAGCGGGUUCAAGACUGGGUAGCCGGUGGGGUUUCGGUUCGUGGGAUGGGGGGACCAGUGGGUUGGGGGUUACAAAUAUCUAGAGGUUGUUGGGAGACUGGGGUGGCGGUUUGGUAGUAUGGGGGACCGUUUGAAUUUUUAAAUUCAAAAUUUGAAUUAGCCGCCUGACGUGGCGGGGUGAGCAAAUGAAAUUCCGCCAGCUCGCUUGGCUAUACCGCCCCACGCCCGGCUUGAAAGCCAAGCCCCAAGGGGCCACGCCCCAACCCAAGCCCACCCGGGGUGGUGGCUUGGGCGUUUUACCCCAACCCACGCCCCAACCCAAGCCCCAUACCCCAUGGCCUUAGAUGGUGAAUUAGAAGUGGGUGACAUGACGAUGACAUGGAGGGUCAUGAUGAUCAUGACCACAUUUGUUUUUCUUCCUAUCUGUCUUUAAUUUAAUAAUUUAGAGCCACCGAUUUUGUAGGUGGUUAUGCCGGAAAAUAUUACAACGGCAGUUUAUCAGUGUUUGAAUAUGGUAAAUUUGUUUAUAUUUGAAGGGUAUUUGUGUUAUGUGCCUUAUGUAUAAGGUUUGAUGUAAAACUAUCAUCGAGUCGGGGGUCUUACUAGAAGCAGCGUCUCUAUUCUAACGGGGUAAAGGUAAGAAUAGAACUUGCUGAGAUGCAAUCCCAGCGUGAAGCGAUUUUUCGGCUGUCUGGUGAGAAGAAGGAAUUUGCUGAUGAAGCCCAUCAAGCGCGCCUUGCGUUUGAGAAGAGAGAGAAGGAAUAUGUCGCUCGUAUCGACAAGUUAGAUCUCCUUGUUAAACAGAAGGUUUCCGAGUGUGAGGCCACUGGAAAACUUCUUGAAGAGAAAACGUCUGAAUGUGAAGCUUCUGAGCUCCUUGUUGAGGAGGUAUCUGCUGAUUGCAGAUGGUUGUUGUCGCGCGCCGUUCCCUUGCUUGCUGACCGUAUUGUGAAUUCUACUGAACUUGCUACGUAUAUGUUUGAGUUGGGUUAAGCGGGGUAUAAUAGUGGUCGGAAGUUUGGCUACUCUGAGGGUAAAGCUGCGGUUAUCAAUAAUGAAAAGGAUUACCACUUUGAGCUUCAUAAAGAGAACUGUGAUGGUAAGUAUGCCGCCAAGUGCAAGGAGUUUUCGACCCUGGAAUUUGCCCUUUUUAGGGCUGCUCAAAAGCUAUCCCGGAAACCAGAUGGUGUCGCUUUGUUGAAGAAGGCUCUUGAUGAUGAGGGCAACAUGUCUGGCGGUGCUGGGACUAGUCAUCCCGAGUGAAGGAUUCCGGCCUGCGCGCUGUGUAUGGCCUGAUGUGGCCUUGUAUUUUUUUGGUGA